CCAGUAUUUAGGGCGUUUAAUGGUGGUAUCAGGGAUACGAAGUAGAGUUUUGUCUUAAAUGUGAAGGCAGUAGUACUGUUGUGUGGUCUGAUCAUGCUUAUGUAUGAGUUAUCAAAAUGUGAGAAAAGUGUUACAUGAAUAUUAUAUGCUACAGUGUCUUCUAAUAAUUGGUGCACCAUGUAGCGAAUCUAUCUAUUCGUAGUAGAAGUAUACCGCAGCAGUGGGCCUGGGAGAAUAUUUAUAAACCUUGUAUCACCCACAGAAAUUGCUAUUAAUCAUGUUUGAGAAUAUAAAUUGGUCGGAAUUAUUUCCAACAAAGCUGAGUGCUGUCAUUUUUGUAUCAUACAUGGUUCUUUUCAUCAAUCAAGGUAUAUUUGUGACAGCAUCACAAAGCUCAAACAGUGCAUACGGCUACAAUACAGUGACUGUUGUUCUGUUAACGGAAGUUGUCAAGUUGUUUGUCUCUGUAGCACUCUACUGUAAAGAUUUCACCAUGUCUUCUCUAAUAAAGGAGAUACACAUUAACUCUAGUGUUAUGAUGCUUUACUUCAUUCCUGCUUUCCUGUACUGCUUGUAUAACAACUUGGCUUUUGUCAGCCUGUCAGCAUUCGACCCAACAACAUACUACUUGCUUCUCCAAUUCAGAGUGGUGGUGACUGGUAUUGUAUUUCAGAUUCUUUUUAGAAAGCACUUAAGUUCCAAACAAUGGCUAUCAUUAAUUCUUCUAACGGCAGGCUGUAUGAUAAAACAGAUAGACUUCACACGAACAGAUGCUGCCAAGAUUUCAGCGACACCAGAGGCACAAAAGUCAGAUAAUGGCUUUCAUCUGAGUAUAAAUUUGGUGUUUAUAUUUGUACAGACAUUAUGUUCAUGCUUCGCUGGAGUGUACAAUGAAUAUCUACUGAAGGGAGAAGGUGCAGGGGUUAAUAUAUUUGUCCAGAAUGUUUUCAUGUACGUGGACUCGAUUGUGUGUAAUGCUGGAAUACUACUCUACCAGGGGAACCUUUUUGAGGCUUUCACUCGAGACUCUUUAACAUCUGUGUUCCAGUUCAAAGUCAUCAUCAUCAUGCUCAACAAUGCUGCUAUUGGUAUAAUAACCAGCUUUUUCCUCAAGAACUUGAACUCCAUCUUGAAAACAUUUGCAAGUGCUCUUGAAUUAAUGUUCACUGCCAUUUUGUGCUGGAUUCUGUUUGGAAUUCCUGUUUAUAUAAACACAUUUGUAGCGAUUUCCAUUGUGUCAUAUGCUGUAAUCUUAUAUUCUCAGAAUCCUGUUGUUAAUGAAGCUAAACAUAUAUCGGAGAAAGCAAAAUACUUAAGUGAAAGAGGGACAGAAGAAGUGUAGAUUCUAGACAGUUGACCAUUCUCUCUCUCCUCCCUGUGAAGACUUCUGACAUAAUUUUCCCAUACAUGUCCACCGUCGGAAGCCUUCAGCAACUAGCUUUAAAAGUUUACAGCCACAUGUGAUCAUAUGCUGAGUGUUACAUAUUUAUUGUUUGCAUUUUUUGACAUCUAGUUUAAUAUUUUAUAUAUAUGAACAAGAGCUUGCAGAAGUUUAUAUUUGCCUCAUAGUUUUUUAUUAUUAUUAUUUUCAUUCAUAUUACUUUGUAACUGAGGAGCGAGGUUGGAAAUAAAAAAAGGUUCAGAAAGGGUUAAGUGGUGCUGUUGUUAGGUAAAUUUACAAAGUUGAACCUGCUGCAGAAGUGUUUUCAGUAUCAAAGCAUAUUAGUGAUCUGCAUUGAUGUCCUUAGAAGACAGAACAGAAUGAGGUUGUUACGUAAUAUCUUUGUCACUGGCACAUAACACAAACUGUGGCUGUUGUAAGCAUACCUUCUCUCAUGUGUAUCCUCUUGCAGCUGUUGGUUCAAACCACUCUUUUCCUACUCGCUGCUGCACAUCAUGUUCGUGGUCUUCCAUAUACCUUGCCUUACACAGUUGGUUUCUUGAAUUAAAAUACAUAUGGCAUUCAUUCGGCACUAUUUUAAUUCUCACUAGUACAGUGACCCAUAUGAUACAUGGUACAAGUGUAACAUGGCAGGCUGUGAAUUCAGAGUGUUCUGAUACAAGUCACUGUGCUGAAUUUUGUAAAUAAGAUGCAUGAUUUUAGAACUGCGAAACAAGUUUUAAAUUACUCUCUAUCUUAUGACUGUCUUGCACUCUCUUUCUGUGGUAUGAUCUGAGGUUCUCAUGGUGAUAUGUACUUAGAUCAUUAUGGUCAUCUGGGUUGCAACAUGUUGUAGUACUGGUGGAUACCGUUGUUUUGGUUUUCAAGGAAUAUCUUGCUUUCAUCUUCCUGUCAGCAGUGGUCACGAAAAGGGCCAUUUUCCCACAAUUCCCUGUCCACCCAUCCUAUUUGCCUGGGCUGAGCUCUGUCUUCUCUCUCUCUGUCAUAGGCAUGAGUGGCAAUUCCCCAUGUAAUAUAUUUAUAUAAUGUGCAUCCUGCUAAUGUCAGCUCUGAAGAUGGUGGCAGCAUGUUCCUCUGAAAUGUAGGUAUCUAUUGGUAAGAUCACAGGGUGUCACAACUCAAAAGACCAUAAUUCUUUCUAUCAUCAUUGUUGAUCAUCCAUAAGCAUUUUAUUUAUAAGUGCAAAAAAUGUUUGCAUAUUUUACUGAACAUAUCUCAUAGAGUGGGUUUUAUAUAUUGUAUUUGUAAACCAGAAGUAUUGAUUGUUGUGAUACAUAUGCAUGAAUGGGUGUUGAAGCAGGCCCUCUGUUGACUUAACUUUAUGAACAGGAGAAGAAGACAGAAGUACAAUUUCAGUACCAAUUAAUGAAACAUGGCAUAAAAGAAAUCCAACUGAACAGCACAUAAUUUACUUGCAUGCAGUUGCUGCUUUCUUACUGGAAAAUGUGCUUCAUUAGAAGGAAUGGGCUUCUCCUGCAAUGUAGUUUCAUGUCCCCUUUCACCAUCAUCAAAUACACAGUUUCACAGAACUUCCCACAAAGUGAAGAUGUUGGUUGUACAAUUACAUAUUAAUUAAUCGCAAACUCACUAUCAUAUACUGGGCAUUGAUUUAGUUAAUACGUAAGACACAGUGGUCAAAAGAUGUUGUGUUAUGAACUGUUUGAUUCAGCGUUCAAUGUAUAUUGGUGACUUUGUGAUCAAUUAAUGAAUAAUAGUGCAACCAGUCAAUGUCACUGGCAGGUUUCUUAUAGAUAAUAGAUGAAUGUUGCCAGAUUAACCAAAAUGCAACAGGUUAUUAUAUUAUAUAUUGCAGUUCUUUGGUUUUUUAGGGCUGUCAUGUUGGCAUGCUGAAUUCAGACAACAGUACAGUGGAAUUUUAUUAGUUCAGUCUCUAUGUAAUGAAAGUUGUGUUCACUAACAAAUCACAUUGAACCAAAACCUGUAAUCUAUAGGUGGUUGUGCAGUUUAAUACUUGAAGCUUUUGUGGUGACUCAGGAUGACAGACUCAUCUUUAGGGAAUCCUUUCAUGAUAGAGGUAGCUCAGGUCUCAGAAAAGUUGGAUGUCCCAAUUUGACAUGGCUAUCACCAAUAGUUACAUAAUGUGAAAAAGCAGCAGUCUGUGUGGGCUGCAAAAGACCAGAAACAGAUCUGUUUACCAGAUAGUAUUUACCAUGUAGUUUUUGUACAGCUGCAUUACAUACAAAUCAGAAAUACAUUUGCUAAUUCUCAUGUGCUGUGUCAUCCAAAUCACCAUGAUCUCAUUUCAACUGUAUGUAUGAGAUGGCUAUCACAAGGCAGAAACAAAUCAUGAUAUUCUUAAAAGGCUACACUUCAAUUGCACAGUGCAAAGAAAUAUGUUCUCUUUUUCACUCAUUCUAACAGAAGUCAAUAAAGUACAAGGAUCAUGAAGAGAUGUGACAUCAUGAAGUCAAGUAGAAAUUACCUAAUGCUUCAGAGGAACAUGCUCAGAAUGGAGGCAGCACAUUCAUAUGAAACAUAGGCUUCUACCAGACUGUACAGCAUCACAUGCCAGAAGAUAGUACUCUUUUUUGUGAUGUGUUCUUUUAUGCUAUCAAACGAUAAAGGUAUAAAAUAGGGUAACAGAACUUAACUCCAUUCUCUUUAUAUUGCCAUACUACUCGGGCACAAGGGAAACUGCCUUUGCAUUCUGUACGUUUGAUUGUACUCAUUGAGGCAUCCAGUUCUGUUUGAUGGUGUCACUAUAUUAAAUACUUCACAUGAUUAAUUUUAAGGUGCACCUGCUUGUAUACUGAACUAACAGAAAGAAAUUGCAAUCUCCCUCAAGCUGUUACACUUCCUCCUCUGAUGUGCUUCCUUAUAUUCUCUUCCACUCAUUUCGCCAUAUUGCUCACACAAGUGUUGGUAGAGGCAAAUAUGUGAUAACCUUUACUAGUGACCAUCGUUUUGGGAUUGUUGCCAUAGGCUGAAAGGGGUUGGAAGCAAAUACAGCAUGACUCAAAAAGGGGUCAGUCAAGAGUGACAUCGUCGCCGCUUUCCUUCAUGACCUCAGUGUGAUAAUAUUGUUUGUACAAUAAUUUUUUUUUAAUGAAGAGUUGUCUUCUGGGAUAUAAUGCCAUGUAGUCAGUUGAAAGUUAACCAUGGUGUUGUAUUCCAGAAGAUAGAAUUCUUCAUGACCACUACUAUGAAAGUCUCAGAUCCUGCAGUUUUUGUAUUCUUUUGCUUCUUUGAAAUGCUGGAGAAGGAAGACAGUAUUUUAUUUAACAAAUUUUGUAUUAGCUGGUAAUGCAGUUUUUGUGUUCAUCUGUUCAUUUUACUGAUGAUUCUGGGUUUACACACAAAUUGAUCUAGUCUUUGAUCAAAAUAUAUAUUUACCUGGCAAUGGGGGACAAAAAUGUGUGAUCCAUUGUGGUUCAAAAUGUUUUGUGAACUGCAGUUGCUGGUUCAUUAUGUCUGCAGCUGUAAAUUGUGAACAUUUUAAAUGUUUAAGGAUGUAGUCUGUAACUAUUUGUCCUUAAACAAUUGACUUCCUCAGUUAUGAGCUGGUGGAGCACGCAGGGCCUACCCAGCAGUUCAAAGCAUUGCAUCUUUAACAUGAGUUUUUCUUUUAUUAUAUGAAGAAUUUAGUAUUUAAACCUGUGAGAUACAUUCACUUCACCCACUAAUGUAUUGAUAUUAUUUUUAAAAUUAUAUGUAUUAAAAAUACCAAAAUAUAAGUGCUUUUUCAUUCUUACAGGCAUCUGCUUCUUUCUGCAUUUCUGUUUUUGUGUGGGUUAUCUAGCAUCCAAGCCCAUCCGUCUUCUCAGGCUCCUAUUCAGUUUUCUCCCAUGUUCUUCAUUCUGCAUGAUAUCUUUCCAAAACUGAUGUUCCCAUGAAUUGUUCUCAGGUUAUUAGAUUAAUUUUAGCCACAGUGAAAGCUUCAGAUCCUCUUGUUCUGAUCUUGAUUUUGUUCUUCCUUUUAUGAAAUAUCCUUUAAUUUGAUGUUCAAUAUCUUCUAGGUUCUUCAUUCAUUCCAAAACCUUGUCCGUGUCAUCUUAUUUUCAGUUUCUUUCCAAGGCAUACUUACUCACGGAGAUGAGUCCUUCUUGAGGAGAAGCCAAAUCUGCAGCUACUCAAAAAUUUCCCAGCAUUUU